CCCGAGGAGGAGCCGCUGAGGGCAAGCCCCGCCCCCUGCGUUUGCGCGGCGGAGCCCGCUGAGGGCGAGGGCGGGAAAAGGCUCCCUGAGGGGGAGGCCUGUGCUGCUGUGAAAAUCAAGAAUCUGUUACUGGGGAUGACAAGAGGAGCCUUCCUGCUCAGUUUCGUGGAAACCCCAGGAACAGGAGUCUCUGCAGAAUGGCAACUGCUCAGAAGCAAAGGAAUGCUGUGAGUGCAGUUGUAUUUCCCAAGAAAAUAGCCACGGAGCAGCAGUCCCUGAUGCUGGUGAAGAGGCUGCUGGCAGUGGCAGUGUCCUGCAUCACAUACCUGAGGGGAAUCUUCCCUGAAAGUGCCUAUGGAACCAGAUACAUGGAUGAUGUUUGCGUCAAAAUUCUGCGGGAAGAUAAAAACUGUCCUGGCUCUACCCAGCUGGUGAAAUGGAUGUUAGGAUGCUAUGAUGCCUUGCAGAAGAAAUACCUGAGGCAGAUUGUGCUAGCAGUCUAUACCCAGACAGAAGAUCCUCAGACAGUCACAGAGUGUUACCACUUCAAGUUCAAGUACACCCACAAUGGGCCACUCCUGGAUUUUGGCAGCAAGGACAAGAAGUCAGAGUGCCCCAUCAGCUGUGCAGACACCAAGAAGGCCAGCAUCCUCCUGAUCCGCAAGAUCUUCAUCCUGAUGCAGAACCUGAGCCCCCUGCCCACCGACGUCUGCCUCACCAUGAAACUCCUCUACUAUGAUGAGGUGACACCCCCUGAUUACCAACCCCCAGGUUUCAGGGAGGCCCAGGACGAGGGGCUGCUGUUCAGGGAGGAGCCCAUGUACCUGAACGUGGGGGAAGUGCCAACUCCUUUCCACCUGCUGAAACUGAAAAUCACCACGGAGAAACAGCGCAUGGAGAGCCUUGAUCAGAGCAUCCUCAAGGGAGGAGAGGCUGCUGAGCCUCUGUGUGGGGAGAGCAGAGCUGAGCCCCAGGAGGACAGCCACGACAUCAAUGAGGAGCCUGUCCUGCACAGUGAGGUGGAGGAUCGGAGUCAUGGCAAGAUUUCAGGAGCUCAAGAGAAGAAUUCAGCUGGUGAAGAGGAAGCUGGAGGGAUCCAGACUCCCCCCCAUGUUUCUAAUCCUCAGGUUGAUCAUUUGACCCGUAAAACAUCUGAGCUGAUCGUGUCAGAGAGCAGGACAAGAAGUGGAAAGAUAUUCCAAAGCUGCAUUGUGCACCAGGCUGAGCUCUCCUCCAGCCAGGACGUGCUGCCCAAGAGGAGGAAGCUCAGCGAGCCCAAGGAGCAGUUUUAGUUGCCCAAGGAGCAGUUUUAGUUGCCCAAGGGAUGAAGCCCAGCAAGCCAAAAGAGCAGUUUUAGUUGCCCAGAGGAGCAGUUUUAGUUGCCCAAAGGAUGAAGCUCAGCAAGCACAAGGAGCAGUUUGAGUUGCCCAAGGAGCAGUUUGAGUUGCCCAAGGAGCAGUUUAGUUGCCCAAGGAGCAGUUUUAGUUGCCCAAGGAGCAGUUUGAGUUGCCCAAGGAGCAGUUUGAGUUGCCCAAAGGAGCAGUUUGAGUUGCCCAAAGGAGCAGUUUGAGUUGCCCAAGGAGCAGUUUGAGUUGCCCAAGGAGCAGUUUGAGUUGCCCAAGGAGCAGUUUGACUUGCCCAAGGAGCAGUUUGAGUUGCCCAAAGGAGCAGUUUGAGUUGCCCAAGGAGCAGUUUGAGUUGCCCAAAGGAGCAGUUUGAGUUGCCCAAGGAGCAGUUUAAGUUGCCCAAGGAGCAGUUUGAGUUGCCCAAGGAGCAGUUUGAGUUGCCCAAGGGAUGAAGCCCAGCAAGCCCAAGGAGCAGUUUUAGUUGCCCAAGGAUGAAGCUGAGCAAGCCCAAGGAGCAGUUCUGGUUGCCCAAAAGGAGACAGCUCAGCAAGCACAAGGAGCAGUUUGAGUUGCCCAAGGAGCAGUUUGAGUUGCCCAAGGAGCAGUUUUAGUUGCCCAAGGAGCAGUUUAGUUGCCCAAGGAGCAGUUUAGUUGCCCAUCUCCUGCUGUCCCAGGUUCUUCACUCCUGUUUGGUUGUUCACUGUUGGGUUGAAGGAUCUCUCCUGCUCCAUUAGCACUUCCAUGGGAGGUGUUUGAAGUCAGGAAGGCCCAGCUGGAGAAUUCCCAACUUAUUUUGUGCAGGGCCAGAAAUCCUUGGAUUUUGGGGGUUUGUGGGUUGGCUCCAGGUCCUGGUGGUGAUGGAGGGAAUUCAUCCCCCAGCCCAAGGUUUCACCAGUGCCUCUGAGCUCUGGUUCUGAGCUGAGGACCUGCCUGCCCCAAACCUCUCCAGUUUUGGGGUGAUUUCCAGAGCUUUCCAGAGGGCUGGGCUGUCACUUUGAGGCUCUUACAGUUUUUGGAGUUACAGUUUUUGCUUUUCCUGCCGGAGUUGGAUGCUUUGCAUUUCUUCCAGACCAGAAGCACCAUCCUCAGGUGAAGAACAAACCCUCUUCAUGCCUUGAAUUCCAGGCUCCCUGCCAGAACGCAGGAAUUUCGGUAUCCGUGCCUCUUCAGCACCGGGAGAGCCGGAACGAUUCAUGGCCGGGGGGACACACGGUACCGAGCCCUCCUGCCACCCCGAACCGUUCGUGUCGGGGAACGGGAGUGACCCUGCCGGCACAGCUGGACGGUCCUUGGCGGGUUUGACUUUUAAAUUAACAAUGUCCGUUCCUCGUCGGUCAUUUAUUAAAGGGUGUUUAGCUCUGA